GAGUAACAUGUUGUAAAAAUGACUAGACAGAAACGGGUCGUUACAAUAACACUCAUAGUUGUCGGUUCUGCGACUGGACUGGUGUCUAUCAUUGUUUUACUCAUCUUGUUGGUGCGACGUCAGAUAAAGAGGAAGAAAAAUAGGCAGAACAAUAGUGUCACUAUGUUCAAGGUACUACUUAAACACUACACUUAUGCAGAAGUGAAGAAAAUUACAAAAUCAUUUUCACAUACGAUUGGAAAAGGAGGAUUUGGAACUGUUUAUGGUGGAAACCUUUGUAAUGGUCGUAAGGUUGCAGUUAAGGUAUUAAAGGAUUCAACGGGAAAUGGAGAAGAUUUCAUCAACGAAGUUGCAAGCAUGAGCCAAACAUCUCACAUAAACAUUGUUUCUCUGCUUGGUUUUUGCUAUGAAGGGUCCAAAAGGGCGAUUGUAUAUGAGUUUCUCGAGAAUGGGUCUCUGGAACAGUUUAUCUCUAGAAAGAAGCCUUUGACUCUGGAUGUGACAACUCUAUAUGGAAUCGCGCUAGGCAUUGCUCGGGGAUUGGAGUACCUGCACUAUGGCUGCAAAUCAAGAAUUGUCCAUUUCGACAUUAAACCUCAAAAUAUUCUGUUAGAUGGUAAUCUUUGUCCUAAAGUCUCAGACUUUGGCCUUGCUAAACUAUGUGAAAAAAGAGAAAGCAUUGUGUCAUUGAUAGACACAAGAGGCACUAUAGGUUACAUUGCACCUGAGGUGUUCUCAAAGAAUGUACGGCGGAAUCUCCUAUAAGUCUGAUGUGUAUAGCUAUGGAAUGCCGGUGAUCAAGAUGUUGGGGGCAAGAAGCAAAGAAAUAGUUGAAACCAUGGCUUCCAACGCUACUUCAGCAUACUUUCCUGAUUAGAUCUAUAACGAUCUUGAAAAUGGACAACAAACGUGGAUACUCGGAGAUGAAGUAACUAUGGAGGAAAACGAGAUUGCAAAGAAGAUGAUAUUGGUGAGCCUCUGGUGUAUUCAACCAUGCCCAAUGGAUCAUCCACCCAUGAACAUAGUUGUUGAGAUGUUAGAAGAAAGUUUGGAUUCUCUUGAAAUUCCCCCUAAACCUUCUAUGCAUAUUUCCAGAGGGUUUGUUACUGAUCAAUCUUCUUGUCUUCCUUUAUUUUCUCAUGGCGAGGAGGAAGCUGGAGGAAAUACUGAAACCUUUGAUUCUAUAAAUAUUUAGCGCAAAAUAUGUGUUUGAUGAUUCUAUAGAAAGAAGUCCAAAUAACAAAGAUAGAUUGUAAGAAAAACUUUAAUAUUAUUUAUUAAAAGAAUGUUCAAAAACUACAAUUGCCUUUAUGUUUCUCCUUGUGUGAAAUACAUGACCCAUAGCGUCUAUUGCAGCCCAAACUAAAGCCCAAGUUUAUGAUCCAUUAGAGGGUUUUGUAAUCCAUGUAACUAAGGUUUCUAGAUUCAUAUAUAUGUUGUUAUGUGCUUUGAUGAAUGUAACAUUGGCUGCCAUUGUAGCAGCCUCUCCUUCACUUAAUGAAAUAUCUUUUUUUUUUUUUUUUUUUUUUGAAACACACUUAAUGAAAUAUCUAUUUAACUUCUUGUGUUCUUGGUGACAAAACUAAAGCUUUUCCCUUUCUCUAUUUCACAAUAAAGCUCAAUGAGCUAUUUUUCAUUUCAAUAAAGUUAGAAUCUAUCUUAGUUUAGAAAUGUUAUCAUGGUAUCAGAGCAAAAAAUCCCCCUCGACGACUUUGAACUCACCGCAACCACUGUCCUCUUCUUCUGAUGCUUGAAAACAUUCACAGGGUUCUUCACUACAGCUUGAAGAGAGAGAUGGCAUAUGUGUCGAUAGAGUCUUUUAUCUGUGGUUUGUUUGUCUGAAGCGUGAAGAAAUGAGAGAGCUGAAGCUGAACGUGUUUGAUGCUUUAAUAGAAGUUAUAACACCAAGAACUACUCCCU